CCACAGGCACAGGAAGGUUUCAGGGUGCUUGGAAGGACUCCCCAUGGGGUCACGAUAAUGGGGAUGAGCUGGGGCUGCUGGUACAGGGACGCGGCGGCGAUGCUGUGACCUACAUUCGCGACAAGCAGGUCCCCAGCCCGCCGCCACCGCCGCCGGGCCAUGAAGCGACACAAGUGACGGGGGCGGCUCGCCCGCGGGCAUGGCCAGCCCGGCACCAUGGCUGCGCUGGACACAAACAGAGCUGACGCGCUGGCUGGGCGAGGAGGAGGAGGAGGAGGAAGAAGACGACUUUGAAAGGCGGAUGGACGAGGAUGGGGUCAUCGGCCUUGGGGAGGGUGCCAGGAGCCCACCGUGGGGUGACAGUGAGGACCUGGAGGAGGGGUCCCCGGCACAGGAGGGGUCCCCGGCACAGGAGGGCCUCUGGCACCCGCGGCAGGACCCGGCCGAGGAGGACGAGGAGCGGGGCAGUUCCCAGGGGGACGAGGGGCCCUGGGGGGCAGAGAGCGAUGGGGACCCCUACCCCGAGCUGUCCUCUGAGGCGCUGAGAGGCCGGGCUCUCUGCCAGCCCCGGGGCUGCAGCACGGACGGGGGGGACACCUCAGGGCUGUCGGACACCAGCCCUGGCCCUGCCACCCCGUCCCGCCAGCACCGGGGCUGGGGCACGGCCGGGGACACCAUCGGGGGGCACAGGCAGGAGUGGACCCCGAGACCGAGCCUCCCCCUGCACCUCUCCCGCGAUGACCCCGGCCCCGAGCGUGUCCCCGAGCCCCAGACAGCUGGCACGGGGACGCCAGCCCCCGGCACCACCGGCUUGGCACCCAGCGGGCAGCCCCAGGGCGCUGGGGAUCCCCCGGCACCCCAAGGGCACGACAGAUCCCGAGUGCCCAAGAAAGAAGCGCCCGCCGCCGUGCCCUCCAAGCUCGCCCGACAGUCGCGGUCCCUGAGCCCCCGGAGGCGAACUGGUGGCAAGGGGACCAAGAAUCUCUCGGGAACGGGCACCGAAAGCACCCAGUACGGCCGAGGGCGCCUCAACCACCCCCUGCCCGACCUUUCCAAGGUGGAGGCGCGGGUGAAGUUCGACCAGAGCUACCGCCCACCCCGGGGCCGGGUGCUGCCCUCCUGUCCCCGCGGCUCCGGCGGCCCCAUCGGCUUCAAAUCCCCGGCCGAAAUCGUCCGGGAGGUGCUGCUGAGCAGCGGGGAGGGGGUGUCCCGGCAGCCCCCCAGCACGGCCGGGCUGCCGCAGGAGCUCAGGUCUCCCAGACAAGCCACGGCGCUGGUGCAGCAGCUCCAGGACGACUACCACAAGCUGCUGACCAAGUACGCCGAGGCUGAGAACACCAUCGACCAGCUGCGCUUGGGCGCCAGGGUGAGCCUGUUCUCCGACCCGCCGCAGCCCAGCCGCAGCCUCGCCGUGGGCACCGUGGCCACCGGGAGCCGAGUGAUGACCCUCAGCAUCCCGCAGGCACGGACAGCGGCUCUCGGUAUGGCCACAGCCCCGGCCGCGGCCCCGGCCUCGCCAGGUGCAGCUGCAGCCUCGGGACGGUCAGAACGGAGGGGUUCACUCCAGCCUCGGUCCCCUCCUCUGCCCGGGGGGUGCUGCCCCACCUGCCCCGGGCCGUGCUGCUGCCCCGGGCCCCGGCUCACCCGGGCACUGGCGGGGCAGAGCCGCAGGCUGCAGGCACAGGUGGAAUCCUUUGAAAGCUGGAUGCGUGCAGGGACCCCCACACCCUCGGAACAGCUCCAGAGGAUGAGGAUGCUGAAGGAUGUGCAGGAUGCGCUGGAGCAGGAAUACCUGCGGUGCCGCCAGCAGCUCCCGGAGGCUGCGGGGGGGUUUGAUCCUGACCGGGCAGUGGAAGGGGAGAUUUACAGCCUGGGGCUGCGCCUGGAGGGGCUGAAGGAACGGCUGGAGCCGGGGGGCAGGCGGCAGCCCCUCCCUCAGCCCCGCUGCCCCCCAGCCCCGUCCCCACCGCCGGCUGCCCGCUCCCCGCACCCCGAGAGCCCUGCGCUGGUGGAUGGUCAUCGGGGGACAGCAGGGAACAGUGAGGGGGUGGCAGAGGGGCUGCCCUGGCCCCUCUGGCACAAGCAGCACCAAGUGGAGGAGGAUUUCGGGGACCUGCUGGAGCAGUACAAGCACUUCAAAUCCUUGCCGGAGUCGCUAAGCCUGGAGCAGCUGAGCCUGGCGGAGAGCGGGUCCCAGGAGGAGGUGGAUGCACCCACCACAGGCGACGGUGGCCCCAGCAGGGUCCCCUGCAGGACACGGUCAUUCGAGGAGGGGCCCAGCCUCGAGACGUUGCCCCUGCACCUCCCGCAGAGAAGAGCUGCGACGCUUUCCCCCAGAGGACCCCCAAACUGUGGGGACACACGGGGCCACCCCUCUCCUGCCACUGCUGAGGAGCCACCAGCUUCUGGCAAGCCCCCCUUGGAUGUCCCUGGGCCACCGCAGGUGUCGCCGUCCCUCCGCAGCAGUGGGACAGGCAGCACUGUCACCCAGCACGGGCCCCACAAGGAGCAGCGCAUCGUGUCCCCAGAGACCGACAGCGGCUUCGUGGGCUCGGAGGCCAGCAGGGUGUCACCCCCCGUGCACACCCCCGAGCAUCAUCCCCCCGGCCCAGGGACUCCGGGCUCGCUGGGACCUUCCAUCGCCAUCCCCAGCACCCUUCGUGCCCCGCGGAAGAGAGAGUCAACCCCGCUUCCCUCCGAGACAGCGCUGAUGGGCAUCUACCCCCCGGGGGGCACGGGGGGGCCCCGGCUGCCCCCCAGCAGCUCCUCCCAGAGCAGCUCCCCCCCUCGCUGGGUCGAGAGCGCGGGCAGCGAGGUGGGGCCGGACCCCGACGGUGAUGGCACUCACACGGACUCGGAGGUGGGAGACAGGAGCUGUGCCAGCGCCGGUGGCCACCCCCCAGCCAUGGCCAGGAGCCCAACCAGCCCCCUGCCAUCCCCCAAAACGCCGUCCCCCACCCUCCUGUCCCCCGACCUGCCGUCCCUCGACCCGGCUCACUGUGACCUGCUGGGCUCCCGUCUGGAGCGCGACCGGGCCAUCCGGGCGCUGCAGGACGAGGUGUGGCGGCUGCGGCGGAGGCUGGAGGAGAGCCUGCGCCGCUCCCGCAGCUAUCCCGAGGGAAAAGCCGCUCCCCGUGUCGCCCCGGGCAGGAGGCAGCCGGUGGCCAGCGGACCAUCGUCCCCCCGGGACGCAGCACCCUCGGGGGACCCGAGCCCCCCGGUGAGGGGCAGGGUGGCCCCCGGGGUCACACCCACGCGGAGGGAGAGGUCGGCAUCGCUGCCCCGGGACAGGCAGGAGCUGGACCUCGGUCUGGAAUUCGGCCCCCGCGGAUCCCAGCCCUCUUCCCUGUCCUCCGCCGCAGCCUCCGAGUCAGAGCCGUCCCCCGCCGGGCCCCGGGCCCCCCCUGCCCUGCGGAAGCGCCUUGGGAAGCCCCCGGGGGCGGUGACAUUUCGGGGACAGUACACAGGGACACGGUACCAGGCGGGCACACCAAGGGCCACCCCGGCACCACCAGAAGAGCCGGGCACCUCGGGUUGUCCCCGAUGUCACAAGGACAGGAUGGCACCAGCUGGGUUUGGGGGAGGUGAUGCCCCCCGGCAGCCCCAGCACAGCCCCCCCAGGAGAACAUCCUGCCCCACCUGCCGGGCACCCAUGGGCCCCUCUGCACCGGGCAGCAGGGACAGAGCCACGCACGCAGAACGUGGCCCUGGCGGCUCCUGUCCCCAGGGUCCCCGCGCUGGAGCUGAGAAGCUGGAGCAACCCAGAAUUUGGUACUUGGCAGCCACCCCUGCUGCCACCUCUGCCACCGUCUGCCUGGCACCCGUCCCCCUCGUGCCUUACGUGCCCUCCGUGCUCUACUGCUCCCCAGCAGUUCCUACCUCACCCCCAGCCCUGGCCGGGGUCCCCCUCGGUGUCACUGCGGGGUCCCAGCGGGCAGAGCAUCCCCCCCGGCCCCGGAGCCACCACCGCUGCCUGAGCCUGGACCUGGAGGAGCUGGAGGAGCUGAACUGGUCACUGAGCCGGGCUGUGGAGGCUGCCCAGAGCGUGAGGCUGACCACGACCCGCAUGAGCCGGGCACUGGCCGCAGAGCUGGGCCGGGCACGGGGCCCACGGGGCUCCUGCCUCUUCUGAGGGACCCGCUGGCACCCCAAACCCUCCUGCUGGCACCCCAAACCCUCCUGCUGGCACCCCCAACCCCUCCUGCUGGCACCCCAAACCCUCCUGCUGGCACCCCCAACCCCUCCUGCUGGCACCCCAAACCCUCCUGCUGGCACCCCCAACCCCUCCUGCUGGCACCCCAAACCCUCCUGCUGGCACCCCCAAACCCCUCCUGCCGGCACCCCCAACCCCUCCUGCUGGCACCCCAAACCCUCCUGCUGGCACCCCCAACCCCUCCUGCUGGCACCCCAAACCCUCCUGCUGGCACCCCCAACCCCUCCUGCUGGCACCCCAAACCCUCCUGCUGGCACCCCCAACCCCUCCUGCUGGCACCCCAAACCCUCCUGCUGGCACCCCCAAACCCCUCCUGCCGGCACCCCCAACCCCUCCUGCUGGCACCCCAAACCCUCCUGCUGGCACCCCCAAACCCCUCCUGCUGGCACCCCAACCCCUCCUGCUGGCACCCCAAACCCUCCUGCUGGC